AAAAUGUAUUGUGGCGCGAAGCAGAAAAUAACUAUGGUCAGUGGGCAACGAUGCAGAGAAGUACAGAUUAAGUACAGUGAGCAAAGUGAGGUCGUCAUCCUAUUUUGCAGAUUAUUUUCUCUUCCUUCUGAAAAUUUUCUUCCCUUGUUUCCAUCGACUGUCCUGGUGAUUUAUUUGACCUCACUUCGCUUAUUUGGUGGAGUAUUUACGAAUUGCCAGCUUCAGUACUCUGGAGAAAAUAUGGAAGACAAGAUUGCAAAAGAUGUUACUGAACUAAUAGGCAAUACACCAAUGGUGUAUCUUCAAAAAGUUGUGGAUGGUUGUGUCGCUCAUAUUGCUGUGAAGCUGGAGAUGAUGGAACCUUGCUCUAGUGUUAAAGACAGGAUUGCGCUUAGUAUGAUUAAUGAUGCUGAAGAGAAAGGCCUGAUUACCCCUGGGAAGACUGUCCUCAUUGAAGUUACCAGUGGCAAUACUGGCAUUGGGGUGGCAUCCGUUGCAGCGAUUAAGGGUUACAAACUCAUCAUUAUCAUGCCAGAUUCAUACAGUCUUGAAAGAAGGAUUAUCCUAAGAGCCUUUGGAGCAGAGUUGUGCCUCACAGAUAUAGCCAAAGGUGUCCAGUGGCUUUUUGACAAGGCUGAAGAGAUACUGGAAAAGACACCUAACGGUUUUAUGCUUCGGCAAUUUGAAAACCCUUCCAAUCCAAAGAUUCAUUAUGAAACUACUGGACCAGAGAUUUGGAGAGAUUCAAGAGGCAAAGUUGAUGCUCUCAUUGCUGGGAUUGGGACUGGGGGUACAGUAUCUGGUGCAGGACAAUUUCUGAAAGAGAAGAACCCAGCGAUAAAGGUAUAUGGUAUAGAACCAACCGAAAGUGCAGUUUUGAGUGGAGGAAUGCCUGGUCGGCAUAAGAUUCAAGGAAUUGGAGCUGGUGUAAUCCCUGCCGUUUUGGAUGUCAACAUACUAGAUGAAGUUGUUCAAGUAUCAAGUGAUGAAGCUAUUGAAACUGCGAAGCUUCUUGCCCUGAAAGAAGGAUUGCUGGUAGGGAUAUCGUCUGGUGCUGCAGCUGCAGUUGCAAUAAAGGUUGCAAGGAGGCCAGAAAAUGCUGGAAAACUCAUUGUAGCGAUUUUUCCCAGUGGCGGAGAGCGUUAUUUAUCCACUGUGCUGUUUGAGUCCCUUAGGCGUGAGGCUGAAGGCAUGGUUGCUGAGUAAGGCCUUACCCAGCUGCAUGGAUUUGAAGAUGGCUGCUUAAAAUUAUAGUUCAUUGGCUCCUCCCUGGAUUUGUCUAUGAACCAACUGGAGCAAUGGCUACAUGAAACAUUUCUUGAUGUUCUUGCUGGAAAUUUUCAAUAAAUUGUUCAUACUAAUAGCUUUUGACCA